AUGGCUGAGAGCAGUGACCAUUCUGGUGGUGGCAACUCACAGUCUCAAGUGAUUCAGGUUCCUGAACCUCAACCACACCCAGUCAUGGAGCAAUUACCUGAUGUUGAGUAUUGCAUUAACAGUCCUCCUCCUUGGCCACAUGCACUGCUAUUGGGAUUCCAGCAUUAUAUUCUGACUCUUGGCAUGACCGUUCUGAUUCCAACUACGAUUGUUCCUGAAAUGGGUGGAGGCCAUGCUGAGAAGGCCAAGGUGAUACAGAAUCUAUUGUUUGUUUCUGGAUUAAGCACACUUUUGCAAACUUGGUUCGGAACACGAUUGCCAACUGUAGUUGUUGGUUCAUACAGUUACAUAAUACCCGCAAUGUCAAUUAUCCAUGCCAAGAGAUACACUAAAUAUACAGAUCCUUAUGAGAGGUUCACUCACACAAUUAGAGGAAUACAAGGCGCCUUGAUCAUAAGUUCAAUUUUCCAUGUGUGUAUGGGAUUCUUGGGCAUUUGGAGGUUUGCUGUCAGGUUCCUAAGCCCACUUUCUGUAGUCCCUUUUGUAACUUUCACUGGACUCGGUCUCUAUCAUCUUGGAUUCCCAAUGCUGGCAAACUGUGUUGAAGUGGGGCUUCCAGCACUGAUUGUUAUGGUUUUCAUCUCACAGUAUCUUAAUCGUUUUAUUAGCACCAAGAGGCUUAUUUAUGAGCGAUAUGGGCUGUUGUUUUCCAUCGCAAGUGCAUGGUUACUUGCACAGCUUCUGACUUCAAGCACUGCAUAUAACAACAAGCCAGAAAGUACUCAGAAUAGUUGCCGCACUGAUCGUUCUGGUCUUAUUAGUGCUUCUGAAUGGUUUCAUAUCCCUUUUAUUCCAUUCCCAUGGGGGUUUCCUACCUUCAACUUCGGAGAAGCUCUUGCUAUGAUAGCCGCUUCUUUUGUUACUCUAUUUGAGUCUACUGGUACAUUUUUUGCUGCGGCAAGAUAUGGAAGUGGAACACCCGUGCCACCACAUAUUAUCUGCCGCGGAACUGGCUGGGUGGGAGUAGCUUCUAUGGUCAAUGGCUUUCUUGGUUCUGUAACUGGAUGUACGGCAUCAGUGGAGAAUGCUGGAUUAUUGGCAUUGACAAAAGUGGGAAGCCGAAGAGUCAUCCAAAUAUCAGCCGGCUUUAUGGUUUUUUUCUCUAUAGCUGGAAAAUUUGGAGCAGUUUUGGCUUCUAUACCUUUGCCAAUCAUGGCAGCAAUGAACUGUUUAUUCUUUGGCUAUGUCUCUUCUGCAGGUCUUGAUUUUCUCCAGUUCUGUAACCUCAACAGUUUCAGAAUCAAAUUCGUGUUGGGCCUGUCAUUCUUCCUUGGCAUCUCCAUACCACAGUAUUUCGUAGAAUAUUUUUAUGUAAAGCAUCAUCACGGAUGGUUCAACGAUAUCCUUAACGUGUUCUUCAUGUCGCAUACGACGGUGGCUGUGUUGGUUGCGUUCAUUUUGGACAUCACACUCUCACGUGAUGAUGAUGAAGUCCGUAAGGACAUUGGUUUGCAAUGGUGGGAGAAGUUCCGUGUAUAUAGUGCUGAUGGUCGGAAUGCUGAUUUCUAUAAGUUACCUUGCAGACUCAAUGAGUUCUUCCCCGCCCUUUAAGCAGCUUCUUUUGUUAUAUUAUAGAUGUUCAUUUUUUAACCCUUUAAGCCAAUUCAUCACCUUUUUUUUUAUCUCAAAACAAUUUAUAUGUAAUUUCCCAUACCAUUAUU